AUGGUACUCUGCUCCAGUCAAUCACCUCACACCUGGCCGACAGGCACCAGCUUCCAAGCCCCUAGAGGAGCAUAUGCCGUGGGUGAGCGCAAACUCACGGUGCAGCGGGCCAAGGAGUUGAGUGAGCGCACUGCACAUUCAGCUGAGACGCUCGUGGCCGACAACACCAUGAGCCUCCUUAACCCCAAGGAGAAGGCCUGGUCACGACAGCUUUUCUCUACAAUCUUGGAGACGCUGGAACUCAGCAUCGCUGAGCGGCGGAGCUCGAGGUCGCACGCAAUGUUCAAAAGCCAUAUUGUCGCUGACGAGGAAACUCAACUGCUGGUUGGAGCUCCUUACAUUGUUGGAGCUGAUUUUAAUGAAAACAAACGAAAACGGGGCACAUCAAACGGGCGCUGCUGCUAA